AUGUCCAGUGCCCUGGCGAAAGCCUCGCCCUUAAAGCCGGAGAUACGCCUUGUCCAGGCUAUCUCAGAGUUUGAAGCCGACCUCUCACAUGAGCAAAAGUCGAUGUUCAGAACUCAAAGAUCGCAGUCGCUCUUAAAACCACCUAGUCCACAUGACAUUAUGCAGCUGACGGCUGAGGUCGAUCGUCGCACAUCACAGAAGUUUAGUAAUGCAUGUUUUGGGCCUCGUUUUACUUCCUUCCUUCACGGAGUUCAGCAGUUCGCGACUCUUGGAGAUAUCAUAAUUGGAGGAUCACAGAACUUGGUAGCGUGUGGCGUAUGGUCAUUGGUACGCAUGUCGUUAUUGUCGAUUGUGAAUCUUUCGAACUACAUCGAUAAGCUGUCCUCGCUAUUCAUGGAUGUCGGCCGUUCUGCCCCGCGCUACCAAGCGAUUGCCCUGCUAUACCCUCGGUCUUUGGAGCUACAAUCAAACCUCUCUGAGUACUUUAUCGUGGUAGUUGGCCUAUGUCAUUACCUGUUCAAGUUCGGUCAGAAAUCGACUAUCCAGCAAUUUGCCUCCUCGCUAAGCGAUGCGCGCUUAAAGACCUUCCAGACAGAUCUUCAUAAGUGGGCAACUUCUAUCAAGGAGCAGAUGGACGUAAGUGAAGCUCAAGAGAGCUCUGAUCUUAGGGCUUUAACGAGGCAAAUGUUUAAGUCUACUUCAUAUCAACAGAGACUUGCAGCUAACGCGCGGGUACUCAAGUUUUGCUCUACGUACGAUUAUCAAGUAACGUGGAAGCAAAUUCGAAAGGCCGGUAAUAUGUCCUUCUAUAAGCAGCAAGCAGAGUACCAAGAGUGGAGGGAUAGCUCGUAUUCUAGCACGCUGUUGUAUGUGGGUAAACUGGGCUCGGGAAAGUCGGUAUUGCUAGCCAAUAUCGUGGACGACCUUAGCCUCUCCGCUAAAGACCCACCCUUGGUGGCAUACUUCUUUUGCAAACAUGACAUUCCAGAAAGUCUGCGGGCGCGGACGAUCAUCGGUUCACUGGCACAACAGCUUCUACGUACUGUUCCAGAUCUUGGCGUACUUGCUAAGAGUUGCGAAAAAGCCCACACUAUAGGCGACACUGAGACGGUGCUUGGAAUGCUUCUUCGAGGCUUUUCCGCUGAUGCAAAAGUAUAUUUUGUGCUUGAUGGCCUAGAUGAAUGUGAUGAUGAAGAGAAAGAGACGUUAGUGCAGGCAAUCCGGAGGAUCCAGGUGAAGCUAAAGAUGCUAGUCUGUGCUUCUUUUCGAGAAGAGCCAAGCAAUGGCCUACAGUCGAUUACUACUAGUAAUCAACUUUUGGCCACUCGCGCUGUCUCCAUACCAGACGACAACCCAGACAUCGACGCCUUUAUCGAAGCAGACCUUGAACGUUGCCUUCGCCAAAAACGCCUAACAAUUGGAGAUCCAACUCUAAUCGUCGAGAUUCAAGACACGUUAUCAAAAGGCUCACAAGGAAUGUUCCUCUGGGUGGCACUUCAAAUCCAGACUUUGUGCGGUAUGAAGACUGAUCAUGCUAUCAGAGAAGCACUAGCAGACCUACCCAAAGAUCUCUCCGAGACAUUUGCUAGGAUUCUACGGAAGUCAGUAAAGUCAGGAAACUCAGGAAACUCAGAUCUAGCACUCCAAACGAAGACACUACAGUUUGUGCUUGCAGCUUACCAGCCAUUAACAACAGAAGAGUUGCGGGAAGCCCUAAGCGUUACUCCUGGAGAUACAACUUGGGAUCAUUCCAAAAUCUUGAAUGAUGUCUACUCAGCACUGGCUUGCUGUGGAUGCCUACUUUCUGUUGACGAAGAGGAGCUUACCGUUCGAGUUAUACACCACAGCGUCAAGCAGUAUAUCCUUAAUAGCAACUUUUCGUUUCAGGAGGCGCAAAGGAUGUUGGCAGAUACAGUUGUCACGUACCUCUGCUAUAAUGUCUUCGGGACUGAGCUAUCAAGAGUCAAGGUCCAUCCUGUAGUAGCACAGUCCGCACCAUCCAAGAUUGUGCAAGCCACUAUCAGCUCGUCAAGCACCGCUCGUCAUCUGGCUAUAAAGUUGCUCGGAUCAAGACGGCAACACGAAUUUGAUAUGGGUAAAGCUCUCGCGGAAGCGUACAGCUCCUUCAACUCUAAGCCAGAGCACGUACCUAGAUUCUAUGCUUAUGCAAAGACCUAUUGGCAGAACCAUAUAUUUUAUGUGUCUGGACAUGAAACCGCCAUUUUCAGGCUUUGUUCUAAGCUGAUCUAUAGUCGUGCGUCUGAGCUCAACAAGGCGGACAAGGACUACUGGGCGCGUUUCCAAUGGGCUGCCGAGAAUGGGAACAGGAAUGUUCUUGCACUAUUACUACAGGCUACAAAGGAUGACGUUGAGGCGAAAAACAGCGACGGAUGGACGCCGCUGAUGCAGGCGGCAAAAGGCGGACAUAAAGACACGGUUGAGGUGCUGCUGAGCGUUGGCAAGGCUAACGUUGAGGCGAAAGACAACGUCGGAUGGACGCCGCUGAUGGAGGCA